AUGGCGUUCCGAGCAGUUGGACAGAGUGUACUGAAGAAAAGCCCCAAUGAUGUGGUAUUCCUCUCAGCUGUGCGAAGCCCGAUCACCAAGGCUUUCAAAGGUGGGUUCAAGGAUGCUUGGCCGGAGGAUAUUCUAAGACCUGUCAUGCGGGAGGCUACGCGCAGGGCCAAUAUUCAACCUGGCGACGUCCAAGAUGUUCUGAUCGGCAAUGUCCUCGCCGAGCUCGGAUUCUCUAAGACAGGCAGAAUGGCGCUGAACGAUUGCGGCUUUCCUGUUUCGACAACCUUCCACACCGUUAACAGACAAUGCUCGAGCAGCCUGCAAGCCAUAACACACCAAGCUCAUGCUAUCAUGGCGGGCCAAAUCGAUGUCGCUUUAGCCGGUGGUGUCGAGAGCAUGUCGAAGAACUACGCGUCCCGCGGCCGUCCGACUGAUGUUUCGCCUUCACUUCAAGCUUCGACCGUCAAACAUGCAACCGACUGUCUGCUUCCUAUGGGUAUCACGUCGGAAAAUGUCGCUCGGCGAUACGUUGUUUCACGUCAGGAUCAGGACGACUAUGCCUUUCUGAGCCACCAGAGGGCAGAGGCUGCACAGGCCGCGGGAAAGUUUGACUCCGAGAUCGUGCCUGUCACGUACAGCUCGCCAGUCGAAAUUGAUGGGACGAAGCAGACAACAACGUUUACAAUCUCGCGGGAUGAUACCAUCAGGCCUGGCGUCAAGAGAGAAAAGCUUGGGACGCUGAAACCGGCCUUUGCCGAAGAUGGUGCCAGCACCGCGGGCAACUCGUGA